AUGGUACCGAAUCCGAGCUCGCAUGUGGAAUACUACCUUGUGCCAUUUCUCAUCAUUCUCUCACUCGCCUUUCUGUCUAUCUCAAUAUUCCUCAUGUUCCGCGUUGUUCGAAUGUGCCUUCAUCGAUCGAAAAAUCGUUUGAGUCGUGAAGCGCUGAACAGGCUUCCCGAACUACGCUUCUCCGAGGGUAAGUUAUCUUGUCAUGUCAAGUCAACUCGUUAA